AUGGCCUACCACACUACUACCGCUGAGUCAGGUGAUGAAAUCGCCGCCGUCUUCCAAGCAGCCCCUGGGACUGAGAUUCUCUAUGAUACCGGGACUGAACAUGGUGCAACCUCCCAGCAUCUACAUACUCUACAACAUGCGAGGAAAGGAGAUUCGCAUAUCCUCUUGGUUCCUCAACCAUCACUUACCAACCCAAACGAUCCUCUUUGUUGGCCGGAGCUGAAGAAGUGGGUGACACUAGCAAACGGCGUGUGGUACUCGUUCAACGGAGCUGUCACAGGACCGAUAAUGGCUGCUGGGAUGAUACCACUCUCCGAGCAUUUUGGUCAAUCCCUCCAGAAGUUGACAUAUUCCAAUGGCGCUACGCUGAUCUGUCAAGGAGUUGCGACUACGGUGUGGAUGCCUUUCGCAGUCAAAUACGGCAGAAGACCUGUCUACCUUCUCUCCAACCUUCUCAUGGGGGUUGCUUGUAUCUGGCUCGGUGUUGCAUCCACCAAGACGUAUACGCCUUUUCUCAUCGGAAGAGCUUUUCUUGGGAUCUUCGAAGCUCCGAUUGAGUCUAUAGUUCCCAGUACAAUCACCGACGUCUUCUUCCUCCAUGAUCGAGGUGAAAAGGUGUCCAUCUACGGCUUGUCGGUCUUGGGAGGUAAUGAGAUCGGUCCGAUGCUUUCGGCAUUCAUCAUCCAGUCUCUGGGUAUGAACUGGGCCUUCUACAUAGUGGCCAUGGUCAUUGCGACAAACCUGCUCACCAUGUUCUUCUUCAUGCCGGAGACCAAGUUUACUGGUGCACGUCCACCGAUCCUACCUGCCUCUUCUGAACAGAACCUGGAAAAGGCUGGAUCAACAAAGCACAUCGAGAGUCUGGAGAUCUCCAAAGCCGCUGGCGUCACUGAUGAUCCGCAAGAGAUGGUCAGACAGGGGAGCUACGUACAAAGUCUCGCCUUCUGGGGCCGCAAUGAUCCCGAAGUCAGCCUGAUUAAGACCUUCCUGCGGCCGUUCGUUCUCCUUGCAUACCCUACGGUUUUGUGGUCCUGCGUGAUCUACGGACUCGCAUUGGGUUGGAAUGUGAUCUUGGGAUCAACCAUUGCACAGCUUUUUGCCCCUCCUCCCUAUCUCUUCAGCGAAUCCGCUCAAGGCCUCAUUUUCCUUUCUCCGUUCGUCGGAUCCCUCGUCGGCACCUACCUAUGCGGCCCAUUUGCAGACUUCGUUGCAGACUGGUACACGAAGCGGAACCACGGUAUCCGUGAGCCGGAGAUGCGCCUGCCCACCUGUUUCAUAGCGGCCGCGCUCACCUUCCUCGGCGCGCUGAUGUCCGGCCUCUCAUACCACUACAAAACACACUGGUCUGCCCCAGUCGUCGGCUUCGGCGUGUUGUCUACCGGAGGUCAGAUGGGUGCCACCCUUGCUAUGAGCUAUGCAUUGGAUUGCCACAAAGAACUUUCCGUGGAGUUGAUGGUUACAAUCGCUUCGCUAAAAUCGGUAAUCGCUUGGAUCUGGACUUGGGUAAUCAAUGACUGGGUGAUCAAGGAUGGAGCUCUGACUGUAUUCAUGGUGGUGGCAACGGUCAAUGUUGUCGCUUACAUGUCUACCUUUUACUUCUACUACAGGGGCAAAGCUAUCCGCGUUUGGCUCCAUCAGGCGGAUUUUCUUGGGAGAGCUGGGGUUCGUUGA